GGGGCGGGGCCGAGGGGGAGCGCGCGGUCACGUGAGCGCGGGGCGGCGGGACGGACCACACGCCGCGCCGGGCGGGGGGGGCUGUCCCCAGGCUGUGUCACUCGGACCUGUCUGUGCCACCAGGGCUGAGAUGGCAGCGAGCCGGGCGCUGAGCAGUGUCCUGCGCCUCCCGGCCACAUCCCGGCCGCCGCUCGCCGCCUGCGUCCGCAGCAACUCCAACCGCGCCGCCAUCUCCCACCUGCACCGGCAGCUCUACGGCCGCCUCUACCCCGUGCUGCUGGUCAACACCGACGGCUCCACCGUCCGCCUGCGCUACAGCGAGCCCAAGAGGAUCCUCAUGCUGCCCCUGGACAGCAGCACGCUGCCCGAAGCUGAGCGCAAGGCUCGUCUGCGCCGGCACUUCCCCAGCAAGCCCAAGGCCAAGGAGGAGGAAACCUUCGAGGGCAUCGACCUGGACACCUACACGAAGUUUUGGAAGAAGUGAAACCCUGCAACCAAAAAUGUACAAAUAUAUAAAUAAAUCCGUGUCAGGAAA